UGCUCACUGCGGAGUGGGAGUGCCGAACGUGGAAGAACACUUGAGAUGUUUUUUUAAAUUGAAAUAUUAUUCAGGGAUGUUCAAGGCCCCAUGUUUUUGCUGAGGAGGGAGAACCUCUCAAAGUGACUGUGUGGACUGGUGCAGUCAUUGUCUACAUACUUUGGGCAGGGGAAAAAAUCUGAUUUAGUAAUUUAUUGUAGUCUUCUGCACGAGUGCAAUGGACUGAAAUAGGACAGUAUUUUACCUUUUUAAUCAAGUCUAGCAAAGUGAAGCAUGUUAUUAAUCUAUUGUGUAUUUACACAUUUCUUACAUCCACAUAUCUUUAGGUUUAAUUAACACACCUAAAACUAUUUGUAUUUUUAAAAAAAAAAAAAAUCUUAGACUGGAUUGCAAGCGCUAGUGUUUGUUAGGCUUGCUGCAAGGUAUAUGCGCUGGUAUGUGUGUUAUUUAAUAACAGUAAUGAGUAGAGUCCUGAUCUGGGUCAUUUAUUAGCUGUCAAUUUAUUGAAGAUUCUUCCAUGCCGGGUUGUCGUCGUGAGCUGCUUCAUUGAAUCAGACGUCCCGGUUAAUAUUGCAUUCGGUUAAAAGUCACUUCGGUCAUUCAGAGUGUGAUUAUCAGGCGACGAAGCCAUUAAUGGAUACAUGUCUGUUACUGAUGUGUUUAGAAGUAACAGGCAACUGGAAAUCAGAGUAUGAAGUUACACUAGUGACUCGUGGGCAAAUUUCAAGCAAAAACUAUUUUUCCACACAGGAAGAUUGUGUGGUGUGGUGUGUUGUGGCAGCACAGCUCAGUCCCUUGUCGCCCAUGAACACAGUCACUGAAGGCGAAGCCAGCAUGGUCACCGAUGCUCUGACCUCACUUGCGUCCUCCUGCGUCAUUCGUUUCUUAUUGAAUUGCUGCUGCGGUGUAAGAAAUCGUUGUCGUCACAUCUUCACGCAUUUUUUUUUUUUAGGUUCACCCUGGCUUGGGAGGGGAGGUUCCCACUCAUCUUUGUCAUGGUCCAUCCCCACUGCCUGUGUGUGUGUGUGUGUGUGUGUGUGUUUAGUUUCAGUACUUGUUGCUGAAGACUACAGCACCAGCAAUGAUGUCGGCGAUGAGCACGGACACACACAUCCACACAUACCCACACACAACGGACUGGAUCGCUAGUAUGAGAACGGAUUCCGACCAGCUCCGGUCAAUGCUGCAGCCUCACACACCUUGAUGCACAUGCAGUUGUGUAAAAGUGACAUCUGCUGUGCAAAGUUAAUUGUUAAAGGUCUGUAAGGUUAAAUGUUACCUUGAUGGUUGACACAUUGCGUUGGGGCGAUGUUAUUUCUUUUCUUUCCUAAUGAGAAGGUGCUACGCUACGUGUCUCUCUCACACACACACACACGCGCACACACACCUGUCCUUUUACUCAGUUCAGACAGCGCACACUGUUUGCUCACCACACACCUUUGCUGUCGCUGCUACUCCAGAGCUGCUUUGUUCUCGCCGAAUCGACCAGGAAGCUCCAUCAUAAACAAACGUCUCUUCCUCGGAAGGGUCCGUUCUCGAGGUACCGGUUGGUGCCGUCAGUGGGUGUUGGACGUUCCGGCAGCAGUGCGUGUGCGCGCAUGCGCACACGCACACGCACACAUGAUGUGUACAGCUGUAUGUUGAUGCUUUCGAUGUUUGUACUUCAGCUGCUGCUUCACAAUAAAGAGCCUGAAUGGAUGGCAGAAAUGCUGCUGUUGUGCUUUGUGUUCGCCGCCGCCUUCUGCGUGCCCUGUCACCUGACUCUCUUGUCAUUCCUACCUAGAGGGCUGGGUGCGAGACUGAAGAAGGCACUCCUCUGACUGAUGGACAGCUCUCAGUAUAAGUAACAGUAGUUCAGUAUUUGGCAGGAAGUUGGAGCUUAUAUGGUCGGCAGAAAGGUGAAUAAAGGGAAGAAGGCAGGAACCGUCAAACAGACAAAGGGAACAAGAGUUCGAACGCCACCUACCCUCACCUGCAGCGGCAGGAAGGACAUCACACUGUCGCUCUGUCCUCUUCCCCACGUUGGUGCAACUCUGCAUGGGUUUCCCACACCGUUCUCCAGUCUGCAGUCAUGUGGGGGCCGCUCCUGGGAGUUGAACCAGCAACAUUAAGGUCAAAGGUGACCGUGUUGUGACAGAGCGCAGUCUGGGGUCCUGGUGCGCCGGAAACGUCGUUCUCACCAAAGUCUUUUAUAGGCCUUCUGGGUGCUGGAUGCAGGUGAGAAAAUUGUCAGUCCUUGAAGUGCUCUGUAAAUCUGGGUCCAGCGCAAAUCAUGGCACGUCCACCGCAAGCCAGCUUCGGUCCGUUGGAGCAAAGAGGGCGAGGACUUUAAAGAUGUUCUCAUCACCUGAGGAUAAGGCUUGACUGGAUGCUUGACGUGGGCCAAAUGCAAUGUCUUACUUGGUUCAUACGGCUCACUUGCAGUUCAUCGGUUUCUGGGCGGGGGCCCUGGGGUGGACCCUGAUGGCGGUAACCAUGGGCCUGGUGCAGUGGAGGGUGUGGUAUGUGGCUGACAUGGCCACCAUAACCUCUGGCGUGGCCUGGGUGGGUAUCUGGAGGGCUUGCUUUCUCAGCCGCACACUGGUCACCUCCGAAUUCGACGUGCUCUUCUGCCAGGCCAUCCGCAUCUCAGACACGUCCACGCCGGUGGAGAUCUCCCUGGCCCAGGUGCUGGUGCCCGUAGCACUGGUGGUGGGCAUCGGUGGCAAUGCCAGUGCAGUGUAUGCCCUACGGAGAGUCUACUUCGGACUGCACCGACACAAGCCCCUGAGGGUGGCCUUCUCCAUGGCCGGCAGCCUGUACCUCGUGGCCGGGAUGUGCUCUCUUCUGCCUCUUGCCUGGAACAUGAGCUCUGUGGUGGCCAACCGUACCAUUGACUUCCCUUCUGACUUCCACCUGCCCCCCGCCCCACUGAGACAGGAGGUGGGUGCUGGCAUCGUAGUGGGUAUAGUAGCAUCCCUCAUGGUCAUUAUCGGUGGGAUGAUUUUCUUGACCUACAGGAUUCCCUCAACUCCUCCCGAAAUGGGCUGCUCUAGCAGCCUCCCGUUGGACUGUUCUGUGCCAGGGGUCAAUACACCGCCCAACGGCACGGCAUCUCCUCAGAGCGGCGCAUCACAAGGCGACAGACACAUCACAAACUCGCGGCACACCUCGGACAACCCAGCCUUCGAAUCAUGGGAGAGUAUAUGAGUGUCAGUCGUUGGUAAUUAAUUGUCCAUUUUUCCAAUUUAAAACACACACUGAUUAUUUGGAAACGACUCGUUUUAAUGCCGUGACAAAUGUGCCGUAGAACGGCAGUCGCAAUUAAUGAAUGCGUGACCCACUGUGCUGUUCCAUCUCACGUGUCGCACAUCUGCCGUGUGAGGUACCUGUGUGUGACAGGAUCCAUUCGGUUUAUUCUGCCUUUCUUCUGCUCUUUUCACAGUUUAAGGUGGAGACAGUCAUGUCCUUUUCACCACAAGUUUUUAAUGUGAAUGUUACCAUGUCUCAUACUUAACUAAUUUUCAAACUUCAUUUGAAUAAUAUAUUAGAAACGGAACAUUUAUAUCCAUUUAAAUAUAAUUCAGUUAAGUGUUAAAAUGGGAAACACACCUGUGGUGUAAUGGAAAAACGUAUGAGUAUUGUAGCGAGUGCAGGUUUGAGCUCCAAUGGGGUACAAAAUGAUACACGAAAGCUGUCCAUGAUAAAUGUUUGUUGGAGCACCAGCACGCAGCGAGAGGUACCAGCAAGUACAAACGGAAAUAUUGCCCUUGGUCUACGAAAGUCGCACCUGAAACCAGCCUUUCAGAUGAACAGGUGUUCACCCCCUUCUACACCACUUUUCCCUCAACGGUUGCACACUUAUUUACGUUUCCCAGAAUCCCUUGCUCUCAAGUCUUUACAAUGGAUAUCGGUUCCCGCUUAAAAGAAGGGCCCUUUGGUAGCGCGGGUUGUGUCAACUGGUCUUGCGGGACACAUACAUGACUGCACCAUUUAAAAUAUUUUUUAAAAUGUUUUGUUUCAGCAAAGCAAAGGUAAUGUGUGUAUUCCAACAUGCAAUGCGUUAUUUCCUUCUGCUUGAUUUUUAUUUAUUUUAA